AUGGAGUUAUCUGAUUCGUCUGGUAGUUCAUCAACUGUGACUCAGUCUAUGUGUCAUGUACGAGCCUCUGAGUUGUAUCCAAAGAGAGAUUUGGAGACCGAUGAGAGUCCUCCAACUUUAGAACCACCAUUGGUGCCUUUUGUUCCUUUAGCUGGUGAAUUUGUUGAAUACUUAGGUCGCGGUGCCAAUAAUACUGUGUUAGCCCUAUCCAAUUAUCGUUUUUAUCUAAAAGUAUCUGAUGAAGGGUCAAAACGAAGAAAAGGUUUUCAAGACAGCAACAUACCAUUGGGCCUAAUUGAAAUGAUUGAAAUAAAAGAUCUAUUUUACAUGAUAAUUAGUUGCAAAGAUUCUCGGACAUGCAGGUGUACUUUUACUACAAAUGAUUUAUGUUUGGAGUGGUAUAAGCGAUUGACCAGAGUAAUAGUAUCACCAAAAAACGUUCAAGAUGUUUUUGCGUUUGCAUUUCAUGCUUGGGCCAUUGAGGAUCAAUGCAAUGAAGACAUUUCUUCAAAUUUAGGGCAUGAUGGUGAUGAUGAUUAUUUUAUGAAAGAGAUUGAAAGACUAAAUAUAAGUGUUCUAAGUGAUAACUCUAAAUGGCGUAUUUCUAAAGUAAAUUGGGACUAUAAAUUAUGUGCCUCUUAUCCAAAUCGAUUAUUGGUUCCUUCUUGUAUUACUGAUCAAACUUUGGAAGUUGCAGCCAAAUUUCGUAGUUCCAAACGAGUUCCAGUAAUUGUAUGGAGACAUAAGGGUAAUGGAGCUAUUUUAGCAAGAUGUUCACAACCUGAAGUGGGUUGGUUGGGAUGGAGAUCGUCAGAGGAUGAAGACUUACUGAAAGCAAUUGCUGAAUCUUGCCAAAAUAAAUCUAAAAAAUCCAAAAAAUUAGUUGUAAUUGAUGCACGAUCAUAUCCAUCAGCUGUUGCAAAUCGAGCUCGAGGUGGAGGAUGUGAAUGUCCCGAAUAUUAUCCUGGAUGUGAAAUUCGGUUCAUGAAUUUGGCAAAUAUUCAUGCGGUCAGAAAAAGUUAUCACUUACUUCGUCAACUGUGUGCUUCGCCUCCUGAUCUUCCAAACUGGUACAGUUUACUGGAAAACACACGAUGGUUACAUAAUAUAAGUGGACUUCUUCAUGCUGCUAACACAGUUGUAGCAACUAUUGAACUUGAAAUGCAACCAGUCCUUGUGCACUGUUCAGAUGGAUGGGAUCGUACUCCUCAAAUUGUCUCUUUGGCUGAACUAAUGUUGGAUUCGUAUUAUCGAACAAUUGAUGGUUUUCGAGUUUUAUGCCAAAGAGAAUGGUUAGAUUUUGGACAUAAAUUCGCUGAUCGUGGUCAAGGUGAAGAUCCGAAUGAACGAUGUCCAGUAUUUAUUCAAUGGUUGGACUGCGUGCAUAAUGUGAUGUCACAGUAUCCUUGUGCUUUUGAAUUUUCCAAAACAUACUUAGUCAAAUUAGCACAACACACAUACUCAAAUCUUUUCGGUACAUUUUUGUGCAAUAGUGGGGCCGAAAGAAAACGCACAGGGAUAGGUACUGCUACAUUUUCUGUUUGGAAACAUUUGGCUGCAUCUGCUGAGUGUAAAAAUCAUUUAUAUUCAUCUCAACAAGACAAUGUUUUAUGGAUUAGUUGUAAUGUAAGAGAUAUGAAUCUUUGGAGGGAUUUAUAUGUUGGACCAUUUACUGAUGGACCUCAACUAACCAAAACUACUGAAAUAUGUAAUUCUAUAUUGGGAAUGGAAGGCGAAGGCAUUAUCGAUCCAAUAAUAAGAAUUGAUCAGCCUGUUGUGAUAAAUAGUGAAGGUCCGUGCAUGGAGUUUCCAAAACACGAAGAUACAAUAUCUUUAGAUGACAGAGAUGAUAAAUCUUCAGACACAAAUUCUAGUUCAUUGUCAAGUAUUAUUGCCGAGGAAAAUGGUAUAGAACGAAAUUCAAGUUCAACUAAUUGUAUCUUAAACACUGUUGAUGGACUGUUACCACUUGUAGAUGACGUACAAAAUAGACUUCAGCAGUUGAAUUUAGAGCAUAAGACGAGAGAAGCAGCACUUCAAAAUGAAUUACAUGUCACUCGGCUAGUACUGUUGCGGCAAGCAAGCCAUCGUUGUAUUGAAGCAACAACUACGCCUGAUGUGAAUGGUCUAUCACUAGCAGAGAAAACUGACGAUGAUGUAUCCGUGUGUAGCAGCACAGGAGGAGAGACGACAUUGUCGUGGGAACCUGUGGAGUCGUUCGAUGCUCAGCCAACUCUGUGGGUACCGGAUCACGCAGUUACCCAGUGUAUGUCGUGCGACAACAAGUUCUGGCUGGGAAGACGGAAGCAUCACUGUAGAAGUUGCGGCAAAAUAUUCUGCGCAGACUGUUCGCGAAAUCUGGUUCCGCUGCCAGCUGAACAACUCUAUGAACCUGUAAGAGUGUGCGAGCCAUGUUUUUCUAUUGGAGCUCUAAGAAGCACUAGCACUUCAACUACCACAUGUAAGCAAGCUGUUGCAGAUGAUCAAAAAAAUGUUAACAUAACUUUACAACCGGCACCAUCAAAUUAA